AUGGGCGGCGCCGAGUCGAUUCCGGUUCAGCCCGAGGGCGCGCGCCUCAAGAAGAUUUACUUGCACUUCGAGGAAGGCGACGAGGCCCACCACCUGACGCUCAAGCUCACGAUCCCGUCCAAGUGGGCGGGCGCGACCGUCGACCGCUUGAAGGAGAAGCGGCCCAACAACAAGGUAGACGCGAGCGAGUACCACCUCGAGCGCAGCGAAGGCCGCGUGCUGCGCGGCGACGAGACCAUCCACGACACGAUCAAGAGCCGCGACGACGUCUACGUCAAGCUCGGCCCAUCGACGUUCAAGCACAAGAAGGAUGCAGCCGAUGAGGAGCGCGAGAAGGAAGUGCCCAAGGAGCUCGUCCAGUGCAAGAACUUCGGCUGCCGGGAAAAGUUCGUCGACAGUGAGAACCACGGCCUCGCGUGUCGCCAUCACAAGGCACCGCCGACGUUCCAUGACACGAAGAAGGGCUGGUCCUGCUGCUCGUCCAAGAUGGUCUACGACUGGGAUGACUUUGAAAAGAUUGAGCCGUGCGCGGUUGGCUUCCACAGCGCCGUUGGCAACCAAGCGCCGGUUGUUGCCGAGACGCCGGCGCGCGCCCCCGUGCCGGUCGUUGCCGCGCCGGCUGCGCCCGUCAAGUCGAUCGACGACUACAACAAGUCCAACCCGACCGCGGUCACGUCAAUCUCGUCGAUCACAGCCAAGCCCGUGGCCCCCAAGCGCACGGACGGGAAGGCGAAAUGCGUCAACUAUGGUUGCCAAGUCGAGUACUUUGUCGAUAUCAACGACGACAAGUCGUGCGCUCACCACGCCGGCGCGCCCGUCUUCCACGACAGCGGCAAGUACUGGAGCUGCUGCCCGAAGGACGUCAAGUACGACUUUGACGAGUUUUUGAAAGUGCCCGGCUGCGUCGUCUCGGCCCACAAGGAUGUGCGCGACUAA